GGUGGCCAUCGCUGGAGACCAAUACCAGCUUCCCUAUCCCGGAGAAAGUCUAGAAGUCAAGCAGGGGUGGUGGGGCACGAGGCUGAAGAGGUUAUGGCGGGCAAGGUCACAGAGUGCUUCAGAUGCCAGUGCCUGGAGGCUGGACUCUGUCCUGAGGGUAAGGAGAUUCCCAUUUUCCAGACGAGGAAACUGAGACCCAAAGAGUAACUUGCCCAGGGUCACCUCCAACAUGCAGACCCCUGCCAUGAUGUCUCUGCUGCUCGUGUCCAUGGGCCUCAUGGAAGCACUUCAGGCCCAGAGCCACCCCAUCACACGACGAGACCUCUUCUCUCGAGAAAUGCCCCUGGACAUGGCCCUGGCCUCCUUUGACGACCAGUAUGCUGGCUGUGCCGCAGCCAUGGCGGCGGCUCUCCCGGAUCUCAACCGCACGGAGUUCCAGGCCAACAAAGUGUACGCCGAUGUCUGGGCUCAGGCAAGCAGCCAGUGGCAGGAGCGCCAGGCCUGGGGGCUCAAGUGGGGCCUCAGCCCUACCCGUCUGCCCCCGCCCACGGGCUUCCGAGAAGAGCAUGGGGUGGCCCUCCUGGCCUACACAGCUAACAGCCCCCUGCACAAAGAAUUCAACGUGGCCGUGCGCGAGGCUGGCCGCUCCCGGGCCCACUACCUCCACCACUUCUCCUUCAAGACCCUCCACUUUCUGCUGACCGAGGCCCUACAGCUGCUGGGCAGGGGCCAGCGUCCACCCCAGUGCCGCCAGGUGUUCCGAGGGGUGCAGGGCCUGCGCUUCCGGCCAGCAGGGCCCGGGGCCACCGUCAGGCUGGGGGGCUUUGCCUCUGCAUCCCUGCAGAAUGUUGCAGCCCAGCAGUUUGGGGAAGACACCUUCUUUGGCAUCUGGACCUGCCUCGGGGCCCCUAUCAAGGGCUACUCCUUCUUCCCUGGGGAGGAGGAGGUGCUGAUCCCUCCCUUCGAGACCUUCCAGGUGAUCAAUGCCAGCAGACCAGCCCAGGGCCCCGCCCGCAUCUACCUCCGGGCCCUGGGCAAGCGCAGCACAUACAACUGCGAGUACAUCAAAGACAAGCAGUGCAAGUCAGGGCCCUGCCGUCUGGAUAACUCAGCCGUGGGUCAGGGCCCCCUUUCUGCAGUCUGGUCCCUUCUACUGCUGCUCUGGUUCCUUGUUGGAGAAGCCUUUCCAGAGAGUCCAGGACUCCUCUAAUCCAUCAGCCACUGAACAGCUCUGC